CCAACCCAGGAUCGUCUGGACCUGCGAACCUCAGUCAGAAGGACCCGUGUCAGGCUGGGAUCUGAACCCACAACCUUCCUGCUACAAGGCAUCAGCGCUGCGGUCAGAGAGAAGCUGUCGGCCUUAAAAGGCUGCAGAGGAGCUCCGACACGCAUCCAGAGGACCUGCUGCUACCUGCGACAGAAGAUGUUUGCGUGUGAAACCAGCGCGGUGAUGAAGAGCGUCGGGGCGGAGGAGGAGCUGAUCUCCAACCCCAACUUAAACCACAAAGUGGAGCUUCUGACGCUGGUCAAAGUCAGCCAGGCCAAGUUCUUCCAGUACCCCAAGUACACCGCCGUGGACUGCACCUUACCGGAGCUCAUGGAGGAGGAGGACCAGUUUGCUCCAGAGGUUGAAGAGGAGCUCCUGGUGAAGGACUUCCAGACGUCUGUGAAGACGAGCGGCAGCGGCGAGCUGAAGGCAGGCGAGAAGACGGUGGGCGGCGCCGCGGCGUCCGCCAGCUGCGACUCCGUGGACGGCCUGGAGCCGGUCAGCAUCAAGAAGAAGAAGGCCGACCUGAAGGCCGUGAGGAAGAAGUUCAGCGGCAGGAAGCUUAAGAAGGAAAUGUUAAAGCUGCUGAAGCUGAAGGACAAACACAAGCUGGCGUUUGUUCACCAGACGGUUUACAACGAUGGACCCGUCAAGAUGACCAAAGGUUCUGCUCAGAGCGGAUCGCUCUCUCUGUCCUACCAGAGCGUCCUCAAUCUGCUCUUCAAGGGCAGCCGGGAGGAGAACACCACCUUCACCGUCCCAGAGAAGUCCACCUUUGCUUUUGGCCUUCAGGAGAUCAUGCUGGAGGACGACACCAUGGAGAUUCCCUUUGAAACCUGGUCCCACAAGAAGAACUUUGGUGUGUUCACACACGACAGCCUGGACCCAGACCUCCUGCAGGAGGCCAGAGAAGGGAUCUCCAUGAAGGAGACUCUCCUGAAGCCGCUCACUAAGCUGCCCCUGCUGGCUCGCCAGGAUCUCCUGAAGAAGCUCCAGGAGGUUCUGGAUGAAGAAGAAGCUCUGGGUCUGCUGGAGGAGGCGCUGGAUCAGAGCAGCAGAGACGAGUACGAGUGUUCUUCGUCGGCGGCCGUCUCGUCCUUCAUGAACCUCCUGCAUGAGCCCAAAGUGUCCACAAAGGUGAUGGACGCCGUCCACCUUCUGGUCAGCGCUAUGGACGCUCUGCCACAAGCCAAGCUGCGACCUCUGACCUCCUGCGGUCUGGAGACUCUGGCCGUCCUCAGCCAGCUGGUGGAGAGUCUGAAGGACGGAGAUGAAGUCCGUCUCCCAGCGUCUGUCCCCGUCCCCCUGCAGCAGGACGGGGAGCUGCGCUGGGCCGCUGACCUCCUCUGUUCCUCUGAGGAGACGCUGACAGAGCUGAGUGACAGCUGGAACCGACCGCCUGAGGUUCUGCUGGAGGUUCUGGCGCUGACCGUGCGGGGAGUCCACAUGCUGCAGGCCGGCUGCUAGCGCUGCUCCUGCUGGGGGACGUUU